UCCAGUCUAGCUUCAGGAGUGCAUGAAUAUAUGAAUAUAAUAUUCAGAUUCUAGUCUACUCGAAAUCCUGAUAGCAGCUAUGCUUCCACAUUCCAUUACAAGUAGUAGCUAGAUAUAUCUAGCUAGCUACAUGUACGUACCACUAUAUCAAGCAAUUAAGAUGUGCAAGCUACUGAUCAGCGUUGUUGUCAGCUUGCUCCUACUAACCACCUCUGGCUCACACGCACAACACGAUGAGGGUGAGACUACCAGUAGUGAAACAUGUACAGUGGAGACUAAAGCAACUCCACCGUGUGCCCGAUCCUUGGAAGAUCUGCGUCAUUCUAUUGAAGAGACAUUCCCUGAGAACUACACCGUCUAUCUGAACUGUAUGUCGUUUGAUGGGGAGGGUGCUCUCAGAACCGCCAUAGCCUCAGGGGAAUUGACGGGAGAUGCUGAUCUGAGAUAUCUGAUUAAGUGUAGAGGGAACGUUCUUGUGGCUCAGUCAACGGCUGGGUUGCUUGACAGGACGAACAUGGAGACUGGGUGUCUGGAGUGUAACAACACCGCCACUCAGUCCUGUGUCAAUGAAUGUGCGCCCGAGUGUGAGAGGUGCUAUGGUACUGUUGGUAAGUGUACGAGGUGUACCGCCUGUACGUCCGGACUGGCUGAGGAGUGUCGCUACGAGAGUGGGCAUACCCUAGAGUGUGCUACCCAGUGUCCCGUGUCCCCUCUCGAUAACACAGUCAGUGCAUUCACCAUCAACCAUGAGGAGUACAACUAUUGUGAGUGUUCUGCCCCGUCAUUUAGAAACUUGAACGAAUACCCGCCUGCAAAUGAGACUGAGGUAGAGUGCGAGGAAGAAGAGGAGGAGCCACUACCCAGCUCAUGUGAUACUCGGUGCAGGCUGGGGAUGGAGCACGAAAGAAACAACAACACUAACACUUGCUUUGCCUGUGGGAUAGCCAACUGUGUGAUGUGUGAACGCAACCCGAACAGAUGCACUAAAUGUUUGCGAGAGACAGUGCUCUAUGUGGGCGAGUGUUUUGCUUGCCCACUUGCCAAAAUUGCUCACGAUGCCAAUAUCCAAGCGGAGAGGGCUCUCGAGGAGACAAAGACCCGCCAUGACAGGAGAAUUGCAAUUGGUGUUUCCCUGGCGUUGGUGGUGGUGCUUGCCAUCGUAUUCUUUGUGAGCAUGUCAUUCUUUGCUCAUCAUCGCUACCCCCACGUCAGUUACCAUGGCAAGAAAAGACACAGAAAACCUCCUACUGGCCUGUCCAACACUUCCGAGGGAAUGAGUGCCGACGAGCGACAUAUCUGGAGGCCACAGCCAACUGUCGCGCUUCGAUAGCCCCAUGGAAACAGCACUUUCAAAAACAAUCACAUGCUAUAAUUAUAGGAGUGCACUCCUGAUAAUUGGAUAUUAUAAUUUUUAUAAUUUUGAGUACCAAGGGCGUAUCGACCGCCGAUACGGUUUUUAUGGGUACUAUAAGUUGUGCGUUUGUUUGUCCUGUGUUUUUAAUGCUGUGAGCAUGAUUGUAGAUUUUGUCAUUAAUUUUGUAUUGUACAUGUACGUAUACCCCUAGCCCUUAAUUACAUUUGAUUUUGCACAUUUAUACAAACCCUUAUUCAUUAUAAUAUUGACGUCUGA